CGGGGCUCUGUGUGGCCCCGAGGGGUCAUGGAUGGCUGUCAUCCACCAUCUGCAGGUGUAAGCAAGGAUGCCAGAGGAGAUCUGUGAGCAGACUGCUGAGAAGCGAUCGAGUUAUUACUGGAGGAUCUCCGCCGAGCUAGCUGUGGUCCUCCUCUACCUUCCUGCGUCGUGUGCUCUUCGCACGCACCGCAUUGGCUCCGUCAUCCUCACCACCUUCGACUUUCUCCGACCCCUCUGCCUACUGCCCCGGCCACGCAGAACAGAACGAGCUGUGGCUCCACGCCUCGAGCCCGCGAUUCCUCGUCACUCCUGAGCAGAGCCGAAUGCUCAAGCUGGCCAACGACUGGCAACGGGUAGCUAGCGACUGGAUGACUUGAAAAGCAAUAUCAAAAAGGUAGGCCGUUGUUCGAGACUCUUAUACGCACGUUUAUUUUGCACCCCUGCAUCCUUUCGGACUUCGUUUU